CAGUUCUGCUCUGUCCUGUAGGGUUGCUUUGAGUCGGCAUGGACUUGAGGGCAACAGAUUUGGGUUUGGUUUUGGUUUUGUAAGUCCAUGAAGAGGGAGUUAGCGUCAGCCUUAUGUUACUCUUAGAACGUGCGUUCUUCCUUCAAGCCUCUUUAACAUUUACUAUAAAUAGCGAGUCAGAAGAACAAGUAGUGUGUCUGGAUUCCUUAGAGAUGAGUGUGUCUAUAACAGCGGAAUUGGCUGGAGAAGGGAGAAUGUGGAACUGGGAAUUAGUGGAUAGUCAUGGAAAUCUUCAGGGAGUAUCAGGCAGAAAGGUUUUGGGAGCAACAGCUAUGACAGGCUCUCCAUUUUGAUAUAAAUUACUUUAUCCAGAGUUCCAAAUACUGCAUCUGUUCUUGAUUAACCUGUGUUUCAUCCAAAUGCUGGAGGAGGCAAAUGAUGAACUCAUUGUUUUUGAGGAUUGUGUCAUAUAAAGGUAUAACGGAGGAGACAGAGGGUCAGAGCCAGAUUUCUUCACAGCCAAAACAGUUCAUUUACUCUAAGCUAUGCAGUCACUCAGGAAGGUUUUUCAGUCCUUUUAGGACAAGAUCAGGAAAUGGAAAGCUUUGGGUUUGGGUCAGCAUGUGCUCAGAUCCCUAAGCCAGAGAGAGCCUUCUCACUUUUUAGGUCAGAAGGAGUUAUAUGCGCUUUGUGCCAUAUGGAAGCAGGAAGAGUGGUAGGAAAUAAGAAAAUGAGUUACUUUUACUUUUGGUGUAAGCACACAUUUAAUAUCAGUAGCCCAUUUCUAAAGUUAGUGACUUUUUAAAUUAGCAAAAAUAGAAGAUAUAUGUAGUCUUAUAUUUAAUUACCUGAUUUUCCCCCUUUUCUAGGAGGUGUGAUUGCCUAUAUCAGUUCUUCCAGCUCAGCCUCUAGCCCUGCCUCUUGUCACAGUGACGGUUCGGAGAAUAGUUUCCAGUCCUCCUCCUCUGUUCCAUCUUCUCCAAAUAACCCUGACAACAAUGGCAAUCCCAAGAACGGAGAUCUCGCCAAUAUUGAAGGCAUCCUGAAGAAUGAUCGAAUAGAUUGUUCUGGGAAAACAAGCAAAUUGAGUGUACCUGGGAUGACAAAGAGUCAUAGUGGAGUGACAAAAUUUAGUGGCAUGGUUCUACUGUGUAAAGUCUGUGGGGACGUGGCAUCAGGAUUCCACUAUGGAGUUCAUGCUUGUGAAGGCUGCAAGGGUUUCUUUCGGAGAAGCAUUCAGCAAAACAUCCAGUACAAGAAGUGCCUGAAGAAUGAAAACUGCUCCAUAAUGAGAAUGAAUAGGAACAGAUGUCAGCAGUGUCGCUUCAAAAAGUGUCUGUCUGUCGGAAUGUCGAGAGAUGCUGUCCGGUUUGGUCGUAUUCCUAAGCGUGAAAAGCAGAGGAUGCUAAUUGAAAUGCAAAGUGCGAUGAAGACCAUGAUGAACAGCCAGUUCAGUGGUCACUUGCAGAAUGACACGUUAGUAGAACAUCAUGAACAGACAGCCUUACCAGCCCAGGAACAGCUGAGACCCAAGCCCCAGCUGGAGCAAGACCACAUCAAAAGCUCUUCUUCUCCCUCUUCUGAUUUUGCAAAGGAAGAGGUGAUUGGCAUGGUGACCAGAGCCCACAAGGAUACCUUUAUGUAUAAUCAAGAGCAACGAGAAAACUCAGCUGAGACCAUGCAGCCCCACCGAGGAGAACGGAUUCCCAAGAACAUGGAGCAGUAUGACUUAAAUCAUGACCAUGGUGGCAGUGGGCUUAGCAGCCAUUUUCCUUGUAGUGAGAGCCAGCAGCAUCUCAAUGGACAGUACAAAGGGAGGAACAUAAUGCAUUACCCAAACGGGCAUGGCAUUUGUAUUGCAAAUGGACAUUGUAUGAACUUCUCCAAUGCUUAUCCUCAAAGAGUAUGUGAUAGAGUUCCGGUAGAUGGAUUUUCUCAGAAUGAGAACAAGAAUAGUUACCUGUGCAACACUGGAGGGAGAAUGCAUCUGGUUUGUCCAAUGAGUAAGUCUCCAUAUGUGGAUCCUCAUAAAUCAGGGCAUGAAAUCUGGGAAGAAUUUUCUAUGAGCUUCACCCCAGCAGUGAAAGAAGUGGUGGAAUUUGCGAAGAGGAUUCCCGGGUUCAGAGAUCUCUCUCAGCACGACCAGGUCAACCUUUUAAAGGCUGGGACUUUUGAGGUUUUAAUGGUACGGUUUGCAUCAUUGUUUGAUGCAAAGGAGCGUACUGUCACGUUUUUAAGUGGAAAGAAGUAUAGUGUGGAUGAUUUGCACUCAAUGGGAGCAGGGGAUCUACUAAACUCUAUGUUUGAGUUUAGUGAGAAGCUAAAUGCCCUCCAACUUAGUGAUGAAGAGAUGAGCUUGUUUACAGCAGUUGUCCUGGUGUCUGCAGAUCGAUCUGGAAUAGAAAACGUCAACUCUGUGGAGGCUUUGCAGGAAACCCUCAUCCGUGCACUAAGAACUUUAAUAAUGAAAAACCAUCCAAACGAGGCCUCUAUUUUUACGAAACUUCUUCUAAAGUUGCCAGACCUGCGGUCUUUAAACAACAUGCACUCUGAGGAGCUCUUGGCCUUUAAAGUUCACCCCUAAGGCCUUUGUUCAUUCAAACAUGAACUGAUUCAUGGUAACUGUACAUCUUGUGCUUAAAAUGCUUAUUUAUGUGUGUAUCCCAUAUGUGGAGAUAGAGGAGACCUCUGAGACAUCGCGACAUUGUAGGCUCUGUCUGUAAGCACGCAGUCGCUGUUUGGAUCGAGAACUCUUCAGCCAUGACUAGAUGUCGACCACAUCUUCCCGAUAGACCAAUCAGCUGUGUCGCACUUAAACUGGAGAAGUUACACUGAAUUAUAAUCACACUGAAUGUUAGACUUUUUUAUCUGCCAAAAACCAAAAAUCAUUUUGAUCUCCCUGUGGUAUGAAUAUAACGCACAAUCACAAGUAUAUGAGGACUUAGAAACUAAUCCUGUUGUUUUGUUAAAUGAUGGAAAUCGUGGUUUCACCACAAGACCAUUUGACUUGGGAAUUGGAGACUUGGGGAGUUUGGAGACCUCAUUCUACUCCGCAGCUGGUAAACUGUGUGAUUCUCGGCAGGCUCCUUGGUUGUGGAAAAUAAGAACUGAUCUUGUCCCCAGUGCCCCAACUCACAGAAAUAUGAAAACAUGUCUAUAAAGCAUAUUUACCUCUUGGGAGAUAGGCACUGUGUAAAUAUGGUGAAAUUUUUGUUACAAUUAUUCAUAAUAUUCUUUUCUUACUUCUGAGCAUUUUUGGGGAAUCAUUUCACAACCCACACCAAUCUAUUAUUCAGGUUUCCUGCAUAUAUGUGGGAUAUCCUACUGACACAUAUUCAGUGUUUAUGGGUACAUAAAAUACAUAACGUGUACAUAAUAUGUAUGUGAAUAUAGUUAUACAUAAAUAUAUCUCUUCACAAUAUUUUAAACUGUGAAGAACUUUAUCAUACAAUAAACUUAAAACAAGAGGUGUCGAAAGACCCAAAUUAGGUGCAUUUUACCUGUUAAUGACAUAACCAUUGCUUCGAGAUGUUUAGAUGGUAGAAUACUGAAUUUAUGCUCUAUUUUUGUUAAGUUAAGCAACACUUAAUGUAAAAGUGCAACAGGCAGUCAAGUCCAAGUGUUAAAAUACAUGUAUUUUAGAGUUCAUCUUAGUAAAAUAAUUGUUCAAGGUACUAGCUGUUUAAAAGUUCAUUCAUAUUCUUACCUUGUGCUAAAACAAGGUUGCAUUGCUGCCCCUUAUACACAUGCUGCAGCUUGGUGAGGAAGAAUUUUGAUUCUUUUUGGAGACCUAAUCAAUAUUUAAGAAAACUGUGUUUAAUAUGUUGGCACGUGUGUGCGCCUGCGCGUGUGUUCUGAGUCCACUUUUUUCCCCUAAAUGAUACUACUGGGAUUUUAUCAAAUUAGAUUUAAUUUAUAAUUUGAAAAAUCAUUUAGUGUGUGACCUACAGACUUAGAAAUGGAAUAGUCAAGUACAUUUCAUCCACAUUUCUAAUAUUGGGCUUUAUAAAUAGAAAAGAUGAGCCUCUGUUUAUGACAGUUGGAGAAAUUAGCUGAAGCUGAGGAUUUUAUGUACGUUUCUCUCUUUCCCUAGAAAAUAGCAAUUGAUUAGAUUAUUUUUUGGGUAAAGAUUGCCUUCUAUAUGAUUUUUUGAUUCUAUAAAGUUACAAAAAUGAACCCAGUUUACUAUACUAAGCGUGUUAACUUUUAUGAUGUGAGCAGAAUGCCUUAUUUUGUAAUCUUGCUUAACUUGUUGCUACUGGGACUUGAAUUUCUGUGGCACUAGUUAAGUAAGUUAAAAAAAAAUUAAACCCUCUCAUUAUGAAAGAGGAAAGCUGAUGGUGAUGUUGAUGAUAAAUAUAAACCAUACUUGUGCUUUUCCUUAAGUAGGUCUGACUUUCAUGGGAUAUUCAGCAUAGUUUUUGUGAAUUCUUUACAUGAUAGCAUUAUCUUUUUAUAUUUUUUUUCCUAUGAUAAACAAAUGCAUAGUUUUGUUCUAUGGGGGAUAGAAACAGCUUUUUGAAGUAGUAUUGAAAACCUCAAAGAUCAUGUUGAUUUCUUGAUUUUUUCCUUUUGCAAGUCUCUUUAUAACAUGUAUCUUUAAAACAAUUACUGAGUCUUUAGGAAUGUGUAAUCAGAGCUGUGUUAGUAUUGCUUAUAAAACUUUCGUUAGGUUCAGUAUAUACAUGAAUACGUCUCUAACUAUACAGAUUCACAUUUUGUCUUAUAAAGUUUUGAGUAAAUUCUUCCUGUAGGUAAUGGGAAACAAAAAAAAAAAUAAAAAAUAGUUCAUAUGCCACUCAUAGCUUUUCCGUAUUUGAAAAUAGCCCAAUAUUGAAACUUCUAAAGUUAAACCAGCAGCCUAUUACAAGCACAUUCUUUGACUGAGUCUUUGGUUAUAAACUUAACUGAAUGUGGAGAAGACACCCAGGUAAGGAAAUUUCUGAGUUGGUGAGACACUGUCGAGUGAUUAACAAUGUACUGUAUGAAUUAAGUGAUGCUUUAACUCUGAUUUUACAUUUUAAAGUGAAAAUAUGGGCAUUAUGUCAGCACACUCCAAGGGCAUUAUGUCAGCAAGCUAAAAAAAAUUUUUUUCUGUGCUUUUAAUGUAUCUCUUUACAUGAUCUGAGAGGGGAUUCAAGAGUUUAGAGAGAAAUAGCCUAGGAAAAGGAGAACCGUGUCUUGAGAUGAUGCUUUUCCUUAUGGCAAUGGUUUAAUUACAGAUUAAAAAAUUGGAAGGAGAUUUCAGUGGAUUAAGUGUAUAGCUUUCAUGUCUACAUUUCAAGAAAUUACCAUUGUAACUUGAUAUGAUUUAUGCAAACAUCAUUGCAAAGCAAGAUGUAGAAGCUCAGCUAAAUUUAUUACCGUGCACGAAAGGAAAAUAAAUACCUAUCUCAAUUGCUCUUUUUCUUUUCCAGGAUAAAGUUUGCUGAAUGUACAAGGAGAGUUUAUCACUUAGGAUGUAGAAUUUUUUUUUAGGGGUUGGGAGGAGGGGCUUUGUCAGGAAACUGUUACUUAUAAGCAAAGAUUGUCUUGAUUUGAUCCAAAACAUAAAACUUGAACCUAUUCUUGAACUAACAUGGAAAAAUAAAAUGGCUAUUGUUUAAAAAAAUGGUAGAAAUAUAUUGUUGACAGCGUAAGGGUUAAGUUUAUUUUCUACAGACUGUAACUGAUGACAUGGAUACCAUCCCCAUGUUUCUGAAAAGUAACCUGUACGUGGGGGGAGGGGGUAAUAAAUAUUUCUAACCAAA